CAUUCUCAAAUACAUCGCCCCAUCAACGCCUAAGGGGAGGGGGGACCGCCAACGAUUCGCACACCGCAGCACAGCAGCAACAGCAACAACAACAACAACAGCAGCAGCAGCAGCAGCCGCAGAAACGACAAACGCGUGCCCCUUGACUCCGAUCCUCCUCCUCCUCGAGAGCGUCUUGUCUGUGCUAUCCCCCACCCACCAUCAGCAAUGUCGACCACCGCUACUGCUGGCACCCCAACGACAACGACCGAGACGCCUACAUCCAUAGAGGGAACCUUUCCUUUUCCGCCUCCUUCCCCUCCGCCUCCUCCUCCUGUUGGUGCUGCUCCUUUGACCUCCAACCCCCCAACCAAUGCUUCUCCGACGCCUUCGAGUGAUCCUCCCAUUACAAUUGACCUUGUGAACUCUCCCAUCAUCGACAUGUCACCGACCCUGGAACCAAGAAUAACACCACCUCCACAGGAACAACAAGGGCCUCUAUCGGACCAAAAUCAGGAUCAGGAUCAGGACCAGGACAGAGUGAUGCAGAUGCCUCCACCAACGACAUCAUCGCCUCUCGAUGAACCGACACCAGCACCGCCAUCAUUACCGCCACCGCCAUCGCAAUCACCGGCUCCAGCAGAGCCAAUGACAACACCGCGACCCACUGUCGCCACGGCAUCACGAUCGCCUGCUCCAAUAGAACAUAUGACGGUACCUGGACAUACCAUGCCUCCAUCAACACGAUCGCCCGCUCCAACUCCAAUUGUAAUAACGCCCGGACCCGUCGCUAUGCUCCCACAAAGUCGUGAAUCAUCACCAGUGCCCGUUGUCGACAUGCCAGAGCCAAUGGAUCCUCUCUCACACCUGUCCGAGAUCUUUGAAAAGAUCAAAAAACAGGUCAUUGAAUGGGGUGAGGAUGCAAACUGGAAAAUCGAUGUUUUUCUGCUUCCGAACGAGGAUGGCUCCAUCCCAGAUGGUGAUGCUCCAGCGCAAGCUGGACCCUUGGGCCGGAGCUCGCAGGACGUUGCUCCGGUAGCACCACCGAGGAUGGGCCUUACGGACAUUCCACGGCCGCCAGGACGGGAUAUACAGGAUGUCGAGAUGAGGCAUGCUCCUAGCUUAUCUCGGUUCGAAUUGCAGCCUCCACCGAACGAUCUGCCAAUGUCCAUGGAUGAGCCUAUGGUGGCAUCUUUAAGAGAGCAAGAUAUUGCCAAUAUGAGUGAAUCAGAGGCGAGACAGAUGUUGUCGCUGGCUGUUCGUCAAUUGCGGGAACAACAAAUGGCAUUAUCGCAUGCCAUACAGGACGUUGAGUCUAUGCAACGCGUAGCCGCAAAAAAGGAAAUGGAUUAUGAAGCUCGAUUGGAAGCUGAGAAGAGGAAUAUGGGUCGGGAAAAUAUGGUUCUGUCCAAGAAAUGGAAGGACGCAUCAUAUCUACUGUUGGAGAAAGAUCGCGAGCUGCGAGACAUACAGAUGCAGCUGGAAGCAGGAAAGCGGUAUGUCAGAGAAAGAACUGAGGAGCGACGAAAGCGCUUUGAAGAGUUUGGAAUGAGUUUUCCCCGUACGGCACCUGGACGGGAUGGAAUCGGACUUGCUCACUCAUCCUCCAUGCCCUCUCUACCUACCAGAACCGAGCCAAUCCAGCCACCAUUUCACCAGCACCGCCACCGUCGCGUUCAUUAUCAUCGUCACCACCAUCGCCAUUUAACCAGACGUCGAGGCGUAGGAACGGACUCAUUGGAAAACUUGGCCUUGUUGGCGACGCAAGCUCUAUCGAGCGAACCUCUGGUUAUUUCAAACGAGUCGAAUAACAACGGCGAUAGCAGCAGCACAUUAAUACCACCAACGGCGUCCUCAGGUCUGAUCCUUAGUGCGGAUUAUACGUCCCGCUUAGAAAAGAAGCGAAUCUCACCAGGAGAACGGGAUCAAGGUCUACAACUACGACCUGUCAAACGAGUAGGCCUGAAUCCUCCCGAGGGAGAGGACGUCUCGUCUAUAGGCGGGAGUGGAUCGUCACCUGCGGCAAAGUCGAACGGAGGAACAGGCACAGGCAUGAGAGCAACAAUAUCGAACGGACGAUCAAGUUUGGGUAGCUUUACCAGGAAACCACAGCAACGGAUUCCCUCCCAGCAGACUUCACGGUUGUCCCCUUCGUCGCGGUCGUCUGGAACGAGUGCAUUCCAGCAUAAUGCGUUCGCAAAGUCGUCGCCGUCAGGAUCUAGAACGGAUCUUUCGGCAGCAGCUGGAAAGGAUGCGUCGAGUAGGACGGCUUCAACGAAAUUCAGGCGGUCGUGAACCAGGUCGAGACGUUGUCCUUUUGCCACACAAUAAAACAUAACAAUCGUAGUCUGCAUUGAGAUAUAAAGAGUGCAAGGGUCUUGCUGAGUGCGUUCUUGUCGCGGAAGAUCGAGCUGUUCGUGUCUGCCUCAAUAUCAUGAUCACAUGACUUUUUCGCGGCUCCGAACCCCCAAGGAUCG